UGCUCCUCCUGCUCUCUGAAGCUCCCUCCACAGACUCCUCCUCCCCAGAACCUUCCAACAGGUAUGUCUAGAGGUCAGUUUGGACAGGGGCAGGAACCUCUAGACAUGUUUUUCUGGGUGAACGAGAUAAGCGGAGAAAUCACCUACCCCCCGCAGAAGGCAGAUGCACCUGCUGUUUCUCCUGAGAGCCCACAACAGAAGCCCCCAUCUCAGCCCAGGAGUAUGCGGGGGGCUCCUUGCAGUCCCCAGGGCCCGCCUGCACAGAGGCCUGCCCCUGCACCUCCAUCUAAGGCUUCUCUGAAAGACUCAGGCCCAAGAAAACCCUGCCCAUCUGCGCCAACCUGGGGCCAGGCCAAAGCCGGAGGAGCGAGGAGCCCCCCACCGUUCUCAGCAAUCCCUGUCAUGAUCUCAUCACCAGGAGUGACUCCGCCCGUACUCGGGACCCUGGGACCAGCCCCUCAGCCACUGGUCUCCACCUCUCCUCUCAGCCCUUCUGCACUCUGGGCCUUCACCUGCAAGCUGAAAAAUGUCCUUACUGGGAAUAACUGGUUUUCUUUUUGAAUCUUAAGAAAAUUUGUCUGGCUA